AAUUCAUAAAAAUACAAUUAUUCUCUUCUUCUUCAUCUUCCUUCUUUAUACACACACAUACACAAACAUUGUGCACCUUCACUGCUACGGUUGCCUCGUCUUCUAACCUUCGAUUAAAUUCACAGACCAGACGAGGAGGAGGAGGACGACGACGACCAAAACUCACAUCCCACCAAAAAGGUUUGGAUAUCUCUCUUUUCACCAAACCCUAUUAAUGAAUUUCUCAAUCAAUUUAAUCAAAAUUCCAGAAAAAUAAAUUCCUUACCCAUUAAAUUAUUAUUUUCUUUUAAUUCUCUUUUACUCUUCCAUUGAAUUAGAUCCGCAAACCAAAUAAUCAUCAAUCAAAUCUACACGCUAUAUAUUGUUUUCGUUGCCCUAAUUCUGAAAAUAUCGCCCCCCUCCAACCUUCAGAUCUAAUCUUGAUCUGUUUUUAGCACUUAAUUAAGCAACCAGAUCUAAUUAAGAAGAUGGAUGAUUUUCCCAGUUUAUUAAAUUUUGGUGUUAGACCACAAGGUAAAGCUGCUCCAAUGGCUGCAUCAAGAAGUACAUCAACAGGAACAACAACUUUAAAUAAUGGGAUCGGAUCAGGAGGUUUUAAUGCUUCUUCUUCGUCGAGAUCAGCAUGGAAUUCAAAUCCUGGUAAUUCUUUUGGUAAUGAUGUUUUCGGGGGUGGUGGUGGUGGUGGGAAUCAUAAGAUGAAUAAGGAUUACGACGAUGUAUUUGGUGGUCCACCUAAGUACACAACACCAGCAGCAGAAAGUUCAUCUACUUCAUUUGAUUAUGAUUCUAUGUUUCCAUCAGGAUCUACUUCUUCUACUGCUCAAGCUAGUAUAAACCCUAAUAAUGCCAGGAAUAAGAAUAAUAAUUAUGGUUCUUCUUCACCGGUUUAUGAUAAACCUGUUUAUGAUGAUGAUAUCUUUGAAGGAAUACCUGGAUUAAAGACUACAUCUUCAUCUACUAAGUAUGAUGAUUUGUUCCCUUCAGUUACUUCCCCUCCUAAUAAUCAGGGAGGAGGUGGUCCUCUUUUUGAUGAUCUUCUUGGGGGUUUGGGUAAAACUGAACCGCAAUUCAAUAAGAAUAAUAGUGGUAAGAGUGAUACUGAGUCUGGAAUUGAUGAUUUGCUUAGCAGUUUUGGGGCCGCCAGUCCACCUAAUGACAGGGGGACUUCAGAGACCAAUCAAGCACGACAACCUACUGUGUCUUCAGCUAAUGCUGACCUCUUUGGGGAUUUCGAGUCAACUGCUACCCCAGUGUAUCCAUCCACAGGGUUAUUCUCCGACCCGUUGGAACAAAAUAGCAAGCCCAGUAACUCUGUUAGUGGAGGAAUAUUUCAUGAUGUGGAUCCCCUUGCUGGCCUGGGAAAGUCAGUGCCCUCCUUUUCUUCUGACAUGAGUGAUAGAAUGAAGGAUCGGAGCCCUCAAAAGACAGGCACUAACAGAGCGAGUUCACCCGAUUUUGUUGGAAAAGAUUUGAAUGAAAAUACUUCCCACAAGAGGGUGCCUGGUGACAGUUAUCGGAAUUCUCAUCCAACGGUAGAUAUGUCACUAAAAUCAGAAGAAAAUUUGGAAGCGGCAGCUAAUGAGAUAUGGCUCACUGUCUCAGAAGUUCCACUUAUCACACAACCUACAAGUGCUCCACCCCCUUCACGACCUCCACCUAGACCAUCACAGUUCUCUAGUGGAACGAGGUCUGCAACCUCAAAGAAGGUCAAUGAGUACUCAUCCCAAAACUUCAGUCAAAAUUGGCAGAGUCCUAAAGGUGGUCCUGAUUCAGCAAAGAGUCCAGUAGUGUCUUCAAUUGAUGAACUUGAAGACUUCGCUAUGGGUAAACCUUCAAACAAUCCUGAUGAACAUGGAGAUGCGCUCUCCAGUGAUGAAGAAUUAGAGAAGAACUCAGCCGCUGCAGCAUCUGCUGCAGCUAUGAAGGAUGCUAUGGAUAGAGCUGAGGCAAAAUUCAAACAUGCUAAAGAAGUAAGGGAGAGAGAAAAUGCAAAGGCUGGUAGAGUCCGAGUUCCUGGCCAGCAAGAAAGAGAUGAUAAAGCUACGCAAGAUGCCCAAGAACGUGAACUCAGAGAGAAACAAGAGAGACUAGAUAAUGAACAUGAACAGAGGGAAAGAGAACAACGACAACUUGAAAAAGAAAGAGAACGAGCAAGGGAAGAUGAGAGGAACAGGGAAAAAGCUAGUGCUAGGCAAGCCGUUGAGAGAGCUACAAGGGAAGCACGUGACAGAGCAGCUGCUGAAGCUCGCCAGAAGGCUGAGCGGGCUGCAGUUCAGAGAGCUCAAGCUGAAGCACGUGAACGUGCUGAGCGGGCUGCAGUUCAGAAAGCUCAAAAUGAAGCACGUGAAAGGGCUGCAGCUCAGGCAGCUGCCAGGGCACAGUCAGAAGCCAAGGAAAAAGCUGCUGCGGUGGCGAGGGCUGAAGCCGACGUACGUCAUAGAGCAGAAAGAUCUUCUGUCGACAGAGCUAAUGCAGAGGCUAGACAGAGGGCAUCUGAUGCUGCAAGAGAGAGUCAGCAAAAGAAUGAAAAUGACCUUGAGUCGUUUUUUGGCAUGGGUAGUAGGCCUAGCAGCGCACCAAAGGCUAGGACUACGACGUCGAACUCUUCGUUCGAUGCACAAUUUCCAAGCAAAGCUGGGCCCGAAGCGCCUCGGUCAAAUCCUGGAACCUCAGGUAACAUAAGAAAGACAACAUCUGCAUCUAAUAUGGCCCAGGACCUUUAUUCAAUGUUUGAAGCUGCUCCGCCAUCGGGAGGCUUUCAAGAAAGAGAAGGUGAAAGUGAUGAAAGACGUAAAGCUAGGAUGGAGCGCCAUCAAAAGACCCAGGAGCGUGUGCUGAAUGCACUCGCGGAAAAGAAUGAGCGAGACCUUCAAAUUCAGAGGGAGCAGGCAGAGAGACAUAGAAUUGCGGAGACGCUGGAUGCGGAGAUAAGGCGCUGGGCUGCAGGAAAAGAAACAAACUUGCGUGCGCUGCUAUCUACAUUGCAAUACGUACUUUGGCCUGAAUGCGGCUGGCAGCCCGUUUCCUUAACUGAUUUGAUUACUGGUGCUUCAGUCAAGAAAGUUUACAGAAAGGCAACCUUGUGCGUCCAUCCUGAUAAGGUGCAACAAAAAGGUGCCAAUCUUCAACAAAAGUAUAUAGCAGAGAAGGUGUUCGACCUCCUUAAGGAAGCCUGGAACAAGUUCAAUUCGGAGGAGCUCUUUUAGAUAUCUUAAAAUUCUUAUACUUCCAAGCUCUACGCAGAUCAUGAAUGUGGGCCUAAACAGUAAUGGGAGGUAUGUGGCUGGUGUUAUCCUCUGCCAGACCGCGUUAAGUUGCAGCUGGAGUGUGGUUGCAUAUCCCGUUCUCUAGAGGCUAUUGUUUUUUAUUAAAGCCAUGAUGCUUGCUGGAAAGGUAAAGAAUUUUCUUUAUCUCAAUAUUUUUGUUUUGUUUUUAAUGUUCUUGUAAAUUGGUGUGGUCCUGGGGGAUAUUUUGGGUUUUAUUAGAGCUCUCUCUCCCCCUCCGUCUUCCUGUUUUUUUGUAUUAAGUAAAUUGAAUUGGUCUGUUGAUGUAAAAUAGCAUUCACCCACUCCCCAGUUGUCUCACUCAUCAUCUAUAGCAAAAUUUCUGUUAGCCAUCCUACUCGAGUUUGAGUAGUUUUGUACGUGUCUAUUCUUUUUCUCCCCUUGGUUAUUAUAAUCUCGUUGCGAGAGGUUUAUUGGUUGAACUAGUGCAAAAAUAUUCUUUUUGUAUAUGAAUACCAAAAACGAACUGGGGAGGGCUCCUUUUGUUCUUAA